AUGAAGUGGGCCAUUCAACAAAUACUAUUCUUCAGUCAUUUGGUACAUUCAAUGAUCAAUUUAUUCAUUUCUAAAACUGAAAUGGAUCGAACUUUAGGUUUGGAUGUGCAGCUGAACUACAUUGAAAAUGGUAUUAUUAACUUGUAUUCCGUUAAAUUUCCCUAUCGAAUCAAUAAUAGCAUUUCCUAUGUGCAAUUCUCCUGGAAUACAAAAGUUCUUGAUCGACCAGUACAUUAUACAAUACGACUAAUAUCAUAUGAUAGUGCUGUUAUGCCAUUACUUCAAAUACCCUCUAGCGGAAAAGUUCCAUUGAAAUUGGAAACAUUCAACAUUGAGUAUCGAUGUGCAGGAAUUAAAACUGGUAAAUUCGAUAUUCAAGUUAAUUUCAAUUUUGAUUGGCCUUCCGAUACGAAUCAAACAAAUGUUUCAUUAAAACACGAAAAAUUAUGUACAGCUCGAGCGUUACGUCGUGCUUACAGCGUGGCACUAAUAUCGGCGGAGAACAUAUUUUAUCUGGUGAUCGGAUGUGUGGGCGCUGUUGUCCUUGUUAUCGCUCUUAUAAUCCUUGUUUAUUACCGUUCGAUUAAAAAAUCGUCUCAUUCCGUUACUGAACCAGUCCAACUUUUGAUUCCAAAAUCUCAAAACCCAACUGAGAAAAUAUCAGCUAACGUAUCCGAAACACAUCUUAUGAUAUCUGAAAGUGCUGCAAAAGCUGCCGUUUACGCUGGCCCCAAUAAGCCAUAUUCAUCCUUCAACUUCAGGCCUAGUAAUGUUCCGGUAAUAAUUUAUGAAAAAUCACAUGUAAUCAAUAUAAAAAAAGCAUUUAAGGGACUAUACGUUGAUCGAAAUUUUUUUAAGAUUCUUUCGGUAGAGGAGCUCGAAGGUACGUUCGGAGAGAUGAAAUGGGCCAUCUGGAAGAAAGAUGUAGAGCAUUUUAUUGGUGAUGUAGAUGACCAAGAAGAUAAUGUAUGUUUCGAAGAACGGGUGAUUCUAAAGACAUUGAAACUUACAGCUGAUCAAAGGCAUCUCAAAAAAUUUCUGGAAGAAGCGCUGGCAUUCUUCAGCGUAGAACGUCAUGAGAAUUUAGCACAAGUAGCCGCAAUAGCAUCAUCAUGCGACGAUUUAAAUGAUCCAGAACAGAUAAUUGAUUUUCCACUUAUAUGUUAUUCACAUGAUGGAUUUGGAAAUUUGAAGAAAUUUCUCAUUAACUGUCGAAAUGGCCAAAAAAAUGCUCAAUUUAAAAAUCCAGAUGGCAAUGGAAUACAAACGCUUGGUGCGCAUGAGCUCGUUUCGAUGGCCCUACAAAUAUUGAAUGCUGUGAUAUAUUUGCAUAAUUUCGGUAUUAUUCAUAAAGAUAUCGCAACAAGGAAUUGUCUUGUAUCCAGAGUUCAUAAUCGUGAUAAUCUGUUUGUGCAAAUUUGUGAUUCUGCUUUAAGUAAAGACUUCUUCCCCGAUGAUUAUCAUUGUUUGGGUGAUAAUGAGAAUAGACCGAUGAAAUGGAUGGCACAUGAAUCAUUGGUUCAUAAUUCGUUUAAUAGUUCUACAGAUGUGUGGUCAUUCGGUGUAACACUGUGGGAAUUACUGACUUGCGCGCAGCAACCCUAUCCGGAUAUUGAUCCUGAUGAGAUGGCUGUGGUUCUAGAACGUGGAAAACGGUUGUCUCAACCUUACAGUUGUCCAGAUGAACUGUAUGGACUUCUGUAUUGCUGUUGGCAGCUCGAUUAUCGAGAUCGUCCAACUACUCAACAACUUCUCAUUGCCCUACAGGAAUUUAACUUGGAACUUCUACAAUAUAUCUGA